CUCGUGGAGAGAGUGUUAGGAGUAUGUAUAUUUGUGGGGAGCCUAGAACUGGAAAAAGCACUUGGGCACGGAUGUUGGAGCCUAGUGCUACAUGGUUUUGUCGUGGUAUAUUGAACUUUGAUAAAUAUAGAAAUGGGGAUAAGACAGAUGAUGAAGGAAUUGGUGCAUUUCUUUGGUGAUAGUGUACUUAAAAGUCGAACACAUUCACAACCUGGAUCUACGAAUAUUUUUACCGGUGUCACUGCAGACUGGAAUGUUGCACGAUCUUUAUAUUCAAUAGCAGACAUUCAAUCUUGUAUUGAUAAAGUAAGACCUGUAAGAUUUGGUGAACAUCUGAAUUUAUAUGAACUCGAAGUUACUGCAUAUAGUUCAGGUUAUUGUCUUGGUAGUGCUAAUUGGAUGAUUGAUUGUGGAGGUGAAAAGAUUAGUAUAGUGUCAUCAUCAUCCACGGUACAAAAUAUACAUCCUUUACCUUUUGAUGAGACGGUAUUAAAUAAUGCUGAUGUUAUCAUUCUUAGCGACUUGCGUGAUAAGGAUGGAGCUAGAUUUGAAACCAUUCUUAUUGAAAUUGGAAAUUGUGUUGCCAACACUCUAAAAAAUAAAGGAAAUGUUUUAUUCCCAUGUACGAUGAAUGGAAUUAUUUUUGAUAUAAUAGGUUUUUUGAGUCAACAUCUAAGGGCCGUAGGAUUACGUGGUAUUCCCUUCUAUGCAGUAUCUCCUAUAGCUGAGGAAUCCCUCAAAUAUUCUAAUAUAUGUGGGGAGUGGAUGUGUACCGAGAGACAGCAAAAAAUGUACUUGCCAGAUAAUCCGAUGCAUCAUCAAGACAUGAUUGAGCAAUCGUUAUUAUAUUAUGCAUCUAGGGCUGAUAGUUCAUUACAGGAAAAAUAUCAAGAACCAUGUGUUGUCUUCGCUGGACAUCCGUCAUUACGUAGAAGUGCAGCCAUUAAUUUCAUUAGAAAGUGGGGAAAUAAUUCAAACAAUUCAAUAAUAUUUACAGAAUCCGAGUAUGAUUGUGAGGAGGCGAUGUCAGCGUUUGAAGGUUUACAAAUAAAACCUAUAUAUCUUCCAAUUGACGAUCAAUGAGGUAACAAAUAUACUGAGAGAAAAGAAACCUCAACAUGUUUUGAUUCCUCAAAAGAUUAUAAAAGAAUCGGGAAAUAUAAGGCCA